AUCAGAGUGGCAUCCACUUUCGGCGAAGAGUCAUGUAAAAAUACACUGCUCCGUAGGUACCUCAAGAAUAAAAAGGCGCAUUGUUCGUCGGCAUCUAUCCAGAUGUCCACACGGAGUAUUCUGGAGGUAUAUAUCUGUCAACUCGAGCUUGAACUGUCGAAACCAAGACCUACCUGGUAGUUAGUUGCCUUACUGUUCUCUACAAGACCCUGUGGGAAACACCAUUCCAGAUCACUUUCACUACACCUUUGUCACAUUAUCCAUCACACACGCCCACUCUCGGGCAUCUGGCCACGUUCUUAGUUACGGCGGCUCUAUCAAACCCUUGAUCACCCUCCAAGUGUCCCCUAGCUAUAUUGCCCCACCAUUCUGCUCACCCACGAGAGGAAUCGAAUCUUGUCCUCAAGCUCAGUACCAGAAAAAUUGCCCCGACGUCCAAACGACACCGGGCCUACUCACUUGAUCGACAAAAGACAAACAAACCACCCUACUUGUGGAUACUCGUUUCCUCGAUACUUGAUCGACUCUCCCCUGUCUCGGCCACAGGGUGUUUUUUUGGGACAAGAAUAAUACAAACCACCACCUUUGAAAAAAAAUGAACCUCCUGCCCACCUUCGACCUCGGUCACCUCACGUUCGGGUCGGUCUCUCUGGCCCUUGCGUGUCUGUUGACUGGGUACCUCACGUCGCUGUCCAUGACGCCACCCAACCCCAACCCGGAGACGAAGCCAGACGUGGACGACAGGCUCCGCGGAGUGUUGACCGACCGCACCAUCCGUAACCGUCGACUCCUCUACAAUGGUCUUUCGGUUUACCACGCCGUCAUGGUUCUUGUUCUCGCCGCUGCCACCGCAAAAGAACCGACCUCGGCGUCCAACGACGGUACGGUGUUGUGCCCUUGGCCCGAAAACCUCAACCGCGGACUCUUGUUCACCUGGUCCCCUUACCUCGCGAUCGCCCUGGGUCUGGUGUGCCUCGUGGGGGCUCCUCUCCGGCUCGCCGCCUACGGGGCCCUGGGUCGCAACUUCACCUUCCACCUGCAAAAGCCGUCGGAGCUCAACACCCGCGGCCUGUACCGGUACAUGCAGCACCCGAGCUACACGGGCAACGUGCUCGUGAGGGGAGGCUGUUUCGUCGUGUUUUUGCGUUGGGACGGCGUGAUGGGUUGCUGGAUGCCCCCGACGGCCAGGGCAUGGCUGGACGGGUUCGGUUGGACGGUCUACGUCUUCAUGUUGGUCGUCAUGGUCCGCGCCGUCCGCGGCAGGAUCGUCGACGAGGAAAAGAUGCUCGGGGACAAGUUUGGCGACGUGUGGGUGCAGUGGCACAAGAGGACGGCUAGGUUCGUGCCGGGAAUCUUCUGACGGGGAAGAAGGAAAAGAAAACUCAAAUUAAAACAACUCGGGGGAGGGUGCCCGAAGGUUCAACCCAAGACAUCUUGGGGCGAGGUCGACGCGCCCGGGAGAGAGGGUGGAGGGGUUAUAGACUCCGUAUAAGGAUCGAGCCUUGUGUGUGUAUGUGUGUGCGUUUGAGGUGAGUGAGCACAAUUGUAUAUCAUGUAUAGGGUAGGGGCAAGGCCGCCGUAAUUCCGUCUAGUCUGACGCUGAGAGUGUUGUUGCUGUUGUUGCUAUCAGAGAACGUUGAGCUUGGGACGACCCUUCUAGACUUUACAGUGUGUAGGGAGCAUUAUUGUACCUCUUACUGCUGGUAGGAAUGGCGAGAGCACCCACGGACGGUCCCUGCACUUUUGAAGAUAAGCCUAUACAGGGUCAAGAAGCAAAACGAGGCAUGUUGUUCUGGGGAUAGGUGAUAGAUAUUAACCUAGGUAGACUACCUUUCAAGUCUCGACUUGCUCUUGCUACUUCCAAC